AUGGUAACAACAUCCAAGCCUCCUACAAUCACCGAGGCGAUUGAUCUGAGUGUAGCGUUAACUGAAGAGGCCAUCAGGAAGUUCUCAAACUUCAAGAAGGGUACCAGCAGCACCAGCAAGAAGAAGGAAGUGAACCCACCAGCUGAAGUUAAAACUGGUGCUGAAGUCAAGGGAAAAGGAUAUAUAGGCGCUCUGCCCAAAUGUGAUGUAUGCCAGUACCAUCAUUCCGGCCAGUGCAGGCUUAGAAAGUGUGAGUCUUGUGGGAAGACUGGCCAUUCGAAGGAAACAUGCUGGGCUGGUACUAGUACAGGUCGUGGUGGUCAAAGAGGUUAUGGAAGUGGUAAUGGAAACCGCCCAUUUGGAGGAAAUGGCGGUAAUGGAAAUCGUGGUAAUUUUGGGAAUCAAGCUAGUAGUGGAAACCGGGGAGCAAACAACAAUCGAGGUGGUAAUGGGAACGGUAAUGGUCGAGGACCAGGUUGUUUUAAUUGUGGAGACGUGGGGCAUUUCAAGUGA